UGCUGGGAGUUGUAGUUUUGUAACAGCUGGAGGCACACUGGUUGGGAAACACUGGUUUAAAGAUCCAACGUUUUCAGAGCAGAAGGUCUUGCACCAUAAAGGAAGCCAUGAGCCUUUUAAGUCUUCUCUCGUCUUGCAUACUCUCGGUACCCUGGAGUCAGUCGCACUUCCGGAUCCUUCAAGCCUGGAUUCUCAGAACAUGGAAUAGGCAGCAGAACUCCCUGAAUCAGUGUCAAUCCCUCUACUAGUGAAGACCUCCCUAGACUGGUGGACGAACCUGAACAACCUCUCCUUGGGAGUUCCCUGGGAGAAGGCUCCUUAUGUUCAGAUUCUAACAGACGCAAGCGAAAAAGUAUGGGGAGCAAAGGUGGGGGAUCAUUACUUUCAGGGUAUCUGGCCGCCAACAAUUCGUUCUCAAUCAUCCAACUUCAGAGAGCUGAGGGUGGUUUGGGAGUCAUUGAAGGCGGCGGAAAACCUCCUCCAAGGCCUACACAUAAAAAUCCUAUCCGACAACACGACUACGGUAGCGUACCUUUCUCGUCAAGGUGGGACAAGAUCAGGGAAACUGAUGUACAUUUCAGAAACAAAAUUCAAUUGGGCAGAGCUCCAUGUAAAAUCCAUCUCUGCGAUUCACCUAAAGGGGGCUCUGAACAUAGAGGCCAACUACCUUGGUCGAAACCUAAUAGACCACAUGGAAUGGUCUCUGAAUCGGGUAGUUUUUCAUAUACUGAUAGACAGAUGGGGCACCCCUCAAAUAGAUCUGUUCGGCUGAAGAGAAAAUGCGAAGGUACCAACAUUCUGCUCCCUAAGCCCACGGGACAAUCCUUGGGCGCUGGAUGCAUUCACGAUACAAUAGAAUUGGAACCUUUGCUACACAUUUCCUCCAUUGCCUCUGGUUCCCAAAAUAAUCCAGAAGCUCAGCCAAGAACAUACAACUCUGAUCCUAAUAGCCCCUUACUGGCCGAAGAGAAGUUGGUUUCCUUCUCUAAAAAACCUCUCGGUAGAAAGCCCGUGGCCUCUUCCACCCAGGAGGGAUCUCCUUCAUUAGGGACCAAUCUUACACCACAACCCAAACUUUCUAAACUUGACAGCUUGGAUCCUGAGGUCCAGAUGCUAAAAUCUCAGGGUCUCUCCGACCGAGUACUAUCCACCCUGAAGGCGAGUAGAAAGGUCACCUAUUCUAUCAACUUAAAAAUUUGGAAAAGGUUUUGUUCUUGGAUAGGUAGUCCAGUCCCCAAUUCUGAACCUCCUAACAUUUAAAAAAAAUCUUGGAGUUUCUCCAGCAAGUCUUAAACUUGGCCUCAGACCUUCCACCCUUUAAAGUACAAAUCUCAGCCCUGACUUGCUUCUUUGAUCAAGACCUAGCUAACCACCGCUGGAUCAGAAGAUUCAUGCGCGCAGCCUCACGCCUCCGUCCUUUCUCUAAAGUCUCGUAUCCCUACUUGGGACCUAAACGUUGUACUCACAGGCCUGACACUCGCCCCCUUUGAACCUUUACUUGAUUGUUCUAUUAAACAUCUAUCUCUAAAGACCACUUUCCUUAUAGCCAUUACAUCCGCAAGGAGGCUGGGCGAGAUGCAAGCCUUAUCCAUACGGGAGCCAUAUCUCCGUAUCACAGAUGAUAGAAUCGUACUGAGAUUAGAUCCAGGUUUUCGUCCUAAAAUCGUAUCCGAUUUCCAUCGGAAACGGGAAAUAAUAUUACCUUCUUUCUGUAACAAUCCUCUUAACGGUAAAGAAUCCACCUUUUAUUCCCUAGAUGUUAGGCGUUCAGUUUUAAGCUAUCUUGAGGUUAUGAAAGAUUUCCGGAGAUCCGAUAACCUUUUAGUCCUUUUCUCAGGUAAGAGUAAAGGUUUGAAAUUCCCAAAGUCCUCUCUAGCUCGAUGGAUUAAGGACACCAUCUUCCUUGUUAUGUGAUCCAGGCCCCACCAAUUUAAAAGCCCAUUCGACUAGAGCCAUGUCUUCCUCUCAGGCUGAGAGGGCCGGGGCUUCUUUGGAGGACAUUUGCAAAGCUGCUACGUGGUCCAGCAUACAUAUCUUUUAUGAGACACUAUAGACCCGACCUUUCUAGUAGCUUGGACCUGUAUUUUGGACAUAAAGUCCUUCAGGCAGUCUCGCCCCCCCCCCCCCCCCCCCCCCCAAUUCCAUAAUUUUGUAGAUCUCCUUGUGGGUCGCCGUGGUGAUGAGGUGGAAAGCCGGAAUUAGACUUGCCGGUAAUUCAGUUUCCACAAAAUCACUACGGCACAUAUAUUCCGUACCCUAAUUGUUUUGCUCUGUUUCUGAGGUUAUGAAUUAAUAUCCUCUCGAGUUCAUCUAUCCACCACUUGGACACACUGGUGGUGGUGGUGGUGGGAGGGGGAAAUUUAAACCCUCUCUCUGUUACUGCCCCUACAGAGGUCAGGGGUCAAUCUCCUUGUGGGCCGUCGUGGUGAUUUCGGGGAAACUGAAUUACCGGUAAGUCUAAUUCCGGCUUUUUCUAUCAUCAGAGCUGAGUUGCAGUUUUCAUUUUAUUUAUACUUUUUUUUAAUUUAUUUUUACUCCUUUUUUAUUUUUCAACAAUUUAGAUAACUUAAACUUUUUUUUUUUUUUUUGGUUUUUUCUUUUCUUUAGUCUCAUAAGGGAACUUAAAGGCUGGGGCACCUAAUAUGACUGCUGACUGCCAUCACAAACCAUUGGCAUCCUGCAGUCGUGUUUUGGGUAUGCCGAUGGGGUGAUGGUACAACCACUUAGAUGAUGCGGUUGCUUUUCUCAUCUUUAAUUCCUGCUGUUACAGCAAAGUGUCAGCUGCACGUUGCGGCUGGCACCCGCUGCAUUUGGCUGUGCAGGCGUGGGUGCAGAAAUUGACCUGCGGUGUGGAUUUUGAAAUCUGCAGCGUGUCAGUUGUUGCAUUUUUCUUGUGCGGAUUUCAGCCUUUUCAACACAAGAGUGACAUCUGCAGGAAAAUCUGCAUCAAAAACCGCAUAAAAACAAGAUAAAUAGUGCGUAUUUAUAUGCCUUAUGUGCAGUUUUAGUGCAGGUUUAAUGCCGAUUUUCUGCACUGUGUGCAGCCACCAUUUAGGGCCAGUCCACAUACUUAAAAAGUCAGCGCAAAAUCCAAGUUUUUCCAUACUGUUUUUUACACACUUAUUUUGACGCCUUUGUUUUUUUUUAAUGGGUUGAAAAAAAACGCAUUGACUUUGGGCUACUUUCACACUAGCGGCACGGACCUCCGGCAGACUGUUCCGUCGGGUGAACAGCCUGCUGGAUCCGUCCUGCCGCUAGUGAACGUGUGACCCCGGACUGCCUCUCCGUCCCUAAUGACUAUAAUGGGGGCUGGGGCAGAGUCACUCCCUGCAUUAUAUACCUGCAGCUGUUUUUUAAUGCUUCCUAUUCAUUUCAAUGGGAGAUUAUGGUGCUUCUUUUUGCCACGCUUCUUUUUUACACCUGUAAAAAAAAAAAAAAAAAGGUGCAAGUGCUACUUUCCAUUAAAAUUUAUGGGAGGCUGUUUUGAUGUGUUUUUUUAGUCGGAAACGCUCCAAAACCCUGUGAACUGGCCUUGUGUUAGUGCCCUCUCCACUGUGCUGUAUAUUAACGGAGAAGGGUAUAACGCCCCAUUAACUCUGAAAUAUAACCGCGAUUGGCUGAGCGGUCGUGUUUCCUGACUCUAGAGAGACUGAGAUCAGCAGGAGACCCUGGAAGUGAUGGGGAUCACUAAGGUUCGGACAGCCCCUCUAAACCUUUGCCUUUCUGUGAAAACGCGCUUUGUGGCCGGAACAUGGAGUUAAGUGUGGCUGCUUUAUGACCUCUGAAUGAGGUGUAUGGGAUAUAGAACAGUGUGCGCCCCAUGUCUGCUGGCCGGGUAUAUCCUAUACAGAAGGACAUUAGAGUGACACAAGUUAAGCCUUAAAGUCUGGGAGAUGGAACCGUCCUCACUGGUGGGUCAAGCAAAGAAGGAUCAUGAUAUAUCGGUUAAUAUAUGUGUUAACAGGAUCAGUGUGUAAUCUGACGUAAUGUCCUCCACUAUUAACUUAGUUUUUUACCUUGUUUCUGUUUUUC